AUGGCGGAUCUGGGCGUCGGCAUCUUUGUACAGCCAGUGUUCGUUAUACGCCUGGUGGCGGCACGAAGAGGGCUAACAGAAGUUUGCAGGCUGGCCGGACAUAUCAUCGAUGUUGCUGGUGUAAUCACUGUCGGUGUCUCGCUCCAGACUCUGUCGGUCAUCAGCGUCGAUCGAGUGCUCGCCAUACGUCUCAAGAUACGCUACAGAGAGGUCGCAACUGCCAACCGAACACGGAUCGCUUUGCUAAUCUGCUGGUGCACCAGUGCCUUACAAGGAGUCAGUUUCUUUAUCAAUACGGCUUUCUACAACAUGUAUCAGGUCGUUGGCAUUUCGUUUUGCAUCUGUGUCUCGUCAAUUUCAUAUCUCAUUAUCUUUCGCAAUUUGCGGAUCCUUCAAAACCAAAUCCAGAAUUACAGCCCUGAAUCAAUUUCAAAUUCCUCGUUCAAUAUAAAGCGUUACAAGAAAUCGGUGUCCACAGCACUGUGGGUGUAUGCGUCUCUUCUCGGCUGCUUUGUUCCCUAUAUACCAUCUGUUGCCAUACGCUUGUCAGUUGGGGUCAGUGCGACAAACCUUGCGAUUCAUUGGUUUACGGUGACACUUUUAUACGCGAACUCUGUACUUAACCCAAUCCUUUACUGCUGGAAGAUUCAAGCAGUGAGAGAUUCGGUGAAAGAAAUUAUAAAACUACGUUGGUCGGGAUAA